AAGAGAAAGAAAGCAGUGCAAUUAGCGAGUAUCGAUUUCGCAAUUUUACAUUCAUCGCUAUUUGCCAUUUUUCUUUGCCCACUUUAGUUGGCAACCGUUGACAGUUGGCAGCUGCAGCGGGUGGCGCGCGGAGGCGGGGCCAUCAGCAUGUGGCCCUAGACAAAAGCAACAACCAUAAAAAACAAGAAAAAACAGUGCAAAAAAAGAGGAGAGGAACCACUUGGCAUUCAGGCAGCGAAGCAUAACCAUUCGGUUGGUUUAAGACCGGAAAAGCGUCGAUGAGUUGAGUGGAGUUCCACUUAACCACCCUUUUUGACCCUAAACAACAACCUAAACCAAACCCCUCCGAAUUCCGUCCCCGCAAUGGAUGCAUCGCCCCUGUCGCCGGAACAGGCUGCUCCUUCCAUCUUGGCCACCGGCAGGUCAUUGGACCAGCAGGUGGACGCCAGUUCGCCCAACCACUCGAACUACUCGAAUCUCACCAACAGCAGUAGCAGUGGGAGCAGCAGUCCCUCUGCCUGCGCCUCCUCCUCGUCUUCCUCUUCGUCGGCUCCUCAAUAUAGUGCGGAUAUACGAGCGGCACUGCAGCCUAAUCCUCACCAGCAACAGAGGGGAUCUUCGGGAUCAGGAUCGGGUUCAGCCAAGACCUGCGAGCUGGAUUUGGCCGAGGAGAGGGACACAUUCUCCCCCAUCUCCAGUCCAGAUUGCAACGGAGCUGCUGCUGCUGUAGUCGUCCUGCCCUCCACUUCCUCCUCCUCAGGUGGAGUAGCCUCUUUGGACAACAAGAUCUACGAGGGAGGCAGUGGCAAAGUGAAGCCGCCUUCCAAGGAGGAGAAACAGCGUCAAAACGAGGAGAUUGUCUGCAUGGAAACCUCGACUGUUUCCACAGAAACUGGCUCCUGGGAGUCCAUGUAUCCAGAGGCCAACGUAGCUCCUCCAGAGGAAACAGAGGAUCAAGAAGAAACCUCUUCUGUUUUCAAAGGAAUCACAGCUAGCUCUUUGCUAAGGGAUCUGGAAAAGCGGGAUCAACCUUUGUCCACCUCGGGCACAAGUGCCUGUUUCAUAGACGCCUCUUCUCUGCGAGACGAGGAUGAGGUGCUGUCCUUUCCCAGCCUAGAUGGACAUAAUCAGGAGGAGGAGGUGAAUGGCGAGGAGGAGGAGGAGGUAGAACCUUCGCCCACAGAGCAGCUAGAGCAGUUUCACAAGUCCUUUGCCAGGUGCAAAGGUGUGAGAUUAAGUCAGAAGAAGGAGGAGGAGGAGGAAGAUCCCCCGGAGGAACCCCCGGCUCCUCCCAUUUCCGCACCCUAUAGCUUCCAGCACAAUGCCCAGCACUUUAGUGUGCUUCCUUUAGGCAGCAGUCCCAAGUUCACCCAGCAUCAUCCUCACCAGAGUCACCAUCCCGAUCUCAGCUACACCACGGACUACUCCUCCAGCAGCCCGGCACCGAGUCUCGUUUGGUCAGAGCAGGGCAGGAAUCACCAGAAUGGCGGAGGAGGUGCCUCCUCUUCCACGCCGCACAACUCAAUGGUGCAUAUAGAACCCGCUUCGGUUGGGAGUAACAACUCCUCCAUUCACAGGGAUUACACGUUAUCCUCUUCUCUCUCGCAUCAUAGGGAUUCGGGUGCCUAUUGCAGUGAUGCCACCGAUUCACCACUGCCUUUGCCAAGAACCCCGAAGAGGAGUUCCAAGUUUGAUGAGGCCAAUCCCAUUGUUUCGGGCGGAGCUUCUAUCGAGGAUUUCCGGGAGAAACAGUGCGAGAGUCCGAGCAUCAAGCGGCGCACAGACACGUGUCCCAUUGUCUCGGGGGGAUUUGUGUCCCUGGACUUUGCGACCACUCGCCCGCUGGCGGAUGAGGAUGAUGACCAGGAGGAGGAGGAGGAUGCCGAGAUAGCGGGAGUGGAGAUGCGAGUGAAAACGGGAAAUCCCCAGAGGAAACCCAUCGCUGGGAUAGCCUCCUGGGUGGUGGACAUGAGUGACUGUCGGCCGGAGCGAAGGAGGAGCACCAGCAGCACCACCUCCAGUUUCCGCGAGAGAUCCGAUUCGAAUAGUUCGCACAAGAGCGGCUGUGGCUUCUAUGUUUCGCUGGAUGACAUGGACAGGAAGCCUCCUGCCAGUCAGGAUCUCCAACCAAAAACAGUGGCUCCUCCAUCGCAGCUAAGUAAAUCCUAUACGGCAACCAAGUCGGCUGGUUUCUUUGUGGAUCUUUCGCAGAGUGAUAAAGAUGCAGAGCAGGCUAAACCCAAGGAUCAGGAGGUGAUUCAAGCAGAGGAGCCACCCAAGAAUAUAUUCAGCAUGUUCAUAGAUUUCGGGGAGCAGAAAACCCCCCGUUCCAAUGGCAGAAAGGAACCUUUGAGUUUGGCUCAGCGGUUAUCCAGUUCCCUGAGCUCAUCGGCUUCCCGGAGAGGAGGAGGCGACACCUCGGAGGUGAUGAAAUCCAGCGCCAGUUCCACGGAAACCCUGAUGGCCAAGAGUGCCAAUCAAAAGGAUAUCUCAUCAGCAGGAGAGAGCAAAUCCCUGGACUACAGAUGCAAUUUGGAACCCCCUCUCACAGUGGCUGCACUGCGUCGUCUUUCGCAGCAGCACCGCCAGCAGACGGAUCCUUCAAAGCGUCACAGUUGGGGCAGCAAUGGUCAGCCGGAGCAGCCGGGCAACGAUUGCAAGCGUUCCAUCAGCCUGACAGCCAAUGGAGCAACGGAUUCAGCGGGCGCAGGUCUAAUGAGCAUCAUUGAUAAGCUACCUAUAAUCUCCAAGGCUUCCUCCUUGUCAAUAGAUAGCUCUGUCUCCCCCUACGACGACUUUAGUGGCUCUAAUCCUGGUCUAAGUAGCUGUUCGGAGGAGGAGCAGCCUGGUCAGGUGCAGGGAAGGAUCAAGAAGCGGCGGAGGGAUGUGCAGAUCAAUGAAACCUAUGACAAAUCCAGUUUGGCCUCCGUAACCGAGGGCAUUCUCUCCAAGGAUCUCUCGCCCGCUUCCAACACGGAUACAGAUGAUCUCACCUUCCAGCAGGACGAGCAAAUGGCCAAGGAGCAGGCUGAGCUAGUAACUAUUCCCCUGCAGCUAAGCAGCAGCUCCAAUCGCACGAGCAGUGUGAUGGAGACCAUCAUCGAGGCCAAGGAGACGGCUUCACCAAAGAAGCAGGUUACUCUGAGUAAUGGCCACACCAUGGAAUCCCUGCAUGCCACCAUUGAGAAGCAGAAGCAACUUUUAGAGACGGUAAAUGAGCAUGGUGAGCAGCAGCAGCCGGCGGCCCAAUCAAUCCCCUCCAGCUUUGUCAAGCUCUCCGACAUGGAUAAGCCCGUGAAGCAUGAUCUCCAAUCCCCGGAUUCCAUGAGCAAGAGCGUGGGCAAUAACCACAGGAGUUCACAGUUGGGUCAGCGGCUCUACAGGGAUGAGAAUCGGGCGCGUCCUCACUCCUGGGCCAUGACCAGAUCCACGGGAAAUACGCUGCAGAACUUCACCAACUCGGUGGACAACAUAAGGAGUCUCUCGCGGCUGUUUCCCAACUUCUCCAAGGAGUUCUCCAACUCGCUGCCCAAUGGAAUGACCUUGGAGCAGGUCCAGAGUCACCAACAGGUGGACUACAUCCAAACGGAUCUCUCGGCGGACUCGAGCCUCGCCUCCAGUUUCAGUCGCUCGGGCAUGGAUGAAUCCUCGCUGAGCUGCCGGCAGCCCAGGCGACUGGGUGAGGAUCUGCUCAAGAUGUUCCUGCAGGAAAUAGCCACCGAUAUGCUAGUGGAGGUGCAUGGUCGUCGCAUUCGGGCGCACAAGUGCAUCCUGCGGUCGCGUUGCCAGUACUUUGCCGCCAUGCUGGCGGGUCACGGAGCCCAGAGUGUCGUCUCCCUGCAGGGCUACUCCUAUGCGGCAGUGCACUUUGCCCUGUGUCACAUCUACUCGGGUGCCUCGCAUCCGCCGGACGGGAUUAGUCUGAUGGAGCUGGCCGCUCUGGCGGAUCUACUCGGACUCGAGGGACUCAAGGAGGUCACUUCGCAUGCGCUGAAGACGAACUACUGCCACAACUUCCAUAAACCCUGCUCCGGAUGCACAGAUGGGAUACUACAAGUCCUCCCGGUGGCCUUGAAUCAUGCCUUGGAUGAUUUGUACAGGAAGUGCCUGCGCUGGACGUGUCGUCACUACCUGAAGGUCUGGCCCACCAGGCAGUUUGCCCAGUUGCCGCCGGAUAUCUUGGGUCGCUGUCGCCAGCAGAUCGUCGCUUAUAUGACCUCUGAAACUGUGCUGGACACGGUGCUCGACUGCGACCAUUUGUUGGCCCAACUUUCGGCCUAUCGCUGGGGCCACGUCUGCGAGCAGCUCGUCCGCGAAAUCCUGGAGGCCGCCUACGCCUAUGUGGGUGACCACUUUGCCAGCCUGAUUGCCAGCGACUCCUUCCUCUCCCUCGGUCACGAUCGCAGCCGGCACAUUCCCCGCCUGGAGACGCUGCUCCUGCACACAGCUGCGGAGCUCACACCGGAGCAGGCCUGUCGUAGUUAUCAGCGGGUAACCCGCUUGAACACGGUGCUCCAGGCGAAGGUUAUCCACAUGCCGGCUAGCCUGGGUCAAUCGGAAUUGGCGCGGGAACUGCAGGGUCUGCAGGAGGAGCAGUUGGACUGGCAACCUGAGUACAUUCGCCUGGUGGGAGCUCUGGUCUACGCCGUGGAGCAGUGCCUCAUCCGGCAGUGCUCAAGGGCCAUGCGGGUGACCGCCUGGCAACGCAUGGAUCUGGAGCUGCGCAAGAAGAUUCAAACGCUGGCGCGACUCACUGAACCGCUGGAUAUGAAGCGGCAGAACGGGAAGCCGGUGUCGAAGGCCUUCUCCUUUGGCGGCAGCACACGCAGCCAGGACCUCGUGCAGAUCAAGCUGGCCAUCCAGGCGCAGACGAAGCGUGCCCAUGCCCAGGAGACGUUGCUCUACAAGGCCACGCAGACGCAGGAGGCAACUGGUGGUGGAGGAGUGGGUGUGGGUCAUGUGCAGACUGCGGAGAGGGGAGUGCAGGCCAACCAUGAGUCCCGCGAGGGAGGCAGCAAACUGCUCAAAUCCAACUCCCGCGCCUACGUGCCACAUCGCGCCAGCUCCCAGGUGGCCUCGGAGCGCAACAGCUUGAAUUUGCAUAGACGCACACAGUCGGAGGCGCCGCCAGUGACGCACAAGAAGCCACAGGCUCCCUUAGCAGAACCCAAGAGUCUCCAAGGAAAGCCUACAGUGGUGACAGCAGCAAAACUUGGUGAAGUGCGUCCCCGUUACCUGGAGCCGCGUAAACCCAGGGCUGCGGCUACAAAUGGCCAUGGAUCCGGACCCGUGCGCAGUGCCACCAGCUCGAGUAUUCCCGCUAACGGAGGAGGCGCCCGGAAGGCGCCAGCCAAAAACCUGCACAUCUCCUCCAGCGACAGCUCAAGGAACUCCAGUCCGGCGGCGCGAAGAGUGCAGAAUGGCACGAGGUUAGGAAACAAAUCCAGCAAUCUCUCCAUGGACAGCUUAGGAUCGCCUGCGAGGCGGGCGAAGAGCAGCUCCCGGGGACCACAGACAGAUAGAUACUCCUCCGAUCAGAACUCCCUGGCGGAGAGCAUGAAGAGCUCUGUGAUUACGAACAAAACGAUCUCACACGAGUCGCUUUCGGGCAGCUCAAAGAUGGCCAGGAUUCAGCAGCUAAAUGGUCAUGCUAAGGGAGCUUCGCCGGGCAAAGUGAAGGCUACCCAAAGAGGAUCCACCGUGGGCAACAAGUCAACGCGGCAGCUGAAGCAGCAGCACAAUGCAAUGGCCUCCAAUGGAUCGAGUCCCAGUUCGGUGCACACGACCAAGUCGGCAGCCAGUCGAUUGUCUUCCGUUAGCAGCACGCUGUCUACAAGGGAACUCUUCAAGCAGCGCUCCAUUUCAGUGCCAGCAGGAGGAGCUGCCGAUGGAGCGCCCACUAAGGGACGCCACAGCUUCCUUUCAGCGAAAUCCAGAGAAAUUCUGGCCAAGCGGGCGGAGAAGAACAAGCUGCAGCAGCAGCAGCAACAGCAGCAGAAGCAAACCGAAGCUCCUCCGGCGGCUGAAGAGCGAGGAUCGGUGCAACUCCGCUCCUCCGCCGGCCCCCUGCGCUCCUCCUCACAUUCCGCCGUGUCCAGCAUGCUGCAGCAGCACAAUCUGCGCAACAGUCUGCCCUCCAACAUUCCCACCAGGCGCCCAAAUACCCUCCAUCUCAAGAAGACCACAGCGGCGGCGAAUGGAGUGGGUAAAACGGCAACCAAUGGACUCUCGAAUGGCAGCUACAAAUCCGCCCAGGCGGUCAAACAGAAGCUGGACCUGCUCAUCGAUGCCCAGAUGGAGCAGCGCGUGGAGUCGAAGCUCGAGAGAUCCAGCACUUUCUGCAAGGAUAGCGCUGAUUUGGAUAUAAGUGAGCUGCAGAUUGUGGAGUAAUCUAGAGAAGAAUGAGGAGCAAAAGCAUCAAUGUGGGGUCGUAUCAAAUAUGGCCCCCAACAGAAAUACAGAUGCCAACCCGAAACCAGAACCGUACACGUCCCAUAAGGCAACACUAGUCAAUAAUCUAGCAUGCAGCUGCCGUUGCAGUU